UCUUCAGAAAGCUUGUUGUUGGUUUAGGACCUUCCUCCUCAUGGAAAGAUGGCGGCGGCCGCUCGGCUAUGCUGUGCCCUCCGUGUUUCAGUUGAAGCAGUUGGAACAUUUCGAGGACUGGGAGGUGCUGUCCUCUACUCUCCCUUGAGUCGGGCCAGGUUGACCAUUCAUGGUCCAGCUAUUGCUGCCCCGGCUGCCUGGCAGCAGACCCGCUCGUCCAGCUUCUUCAACAAAUUGACCGCUGACGAGCUAUGGCGUGGCGUAGUUGCCGACAGUGGCAGCGGUGCCAGGAAGGGCAGAGGAAAGAGAACCAAGCGCAAACUGAAGAAGGACCUCAACAUUGGCCAACUUGUUGGAGAAGGUCGCGGUGGCUUCCUCUGGCCUGGGUUGAAUGUGCCGCUCACGAAGAACGGAGUCCGUCAGUCUUUUUCAAAGCGCGGGGAGGAGGAGCAACAGGAGGUGAGGGAGGAGCUUGUGCGCCAGAGAGACGAGUGGGACCGGAAAAGGAAGCUGAGAAUAAAGAGAGAGAGGGGCUGGACUGGCAACUCCUGGGGUGGGAUCAGCCUUGGACCCCCAGACCCUGGUCCUAAUGGAGAAACGUACGAGGAUUUCGACUCCCGUGUUCUUGAGGUGAAGACCGUGUUCAACAUGACAGCCAGAGAUGGGAGGAGGAGAUCAAUCAGCUGCCUUGUUGCCGUGGGCAACGGCAAUGGAGCCGCAGGAUUUGCUUUGGGGAAAGCAAGUGACAGGCAGACAGCGCUGAGGAAGGCCAAGAACCGAGCAAUACACUACCUCUAUUACAUCGAGAGAUACAACAACCACACCAUUUAUCAUGACAUCGAUUCCACCUUCAAAAGAACCACGCUACGAAUGAAAAAGCAAAAUGAAGGUUAUGGGCUGCACUGCCACAGGGCAGUGAUCACUAUCUGCAGGCUGAUUGGCAUCGAGGACAUGUAUGCUAAAGUGGAGGGGUCCGUCAACCUGCUCAACAUAACCAGAGCUCUGUUCCAGGGACUGGCCAAGCAGGAGACACAUCAGGCCCUGGCCGAUAGGAAGCAGCUGAACGUAGUGGAGUUCCGGGAUGAGCAAGGCCCGCUGCCUAUCGUGGUGGCAAAGCCGCAGCUGGGAGCCCGGAAGGACCCGGAACAGGAGGACGAGGUGCCCAACACUCGCCUGCACUGGGCCGACGUGCAGGCUGCUCAGGGCAUGAAGCGCUCGGUGUGGGCCGGGGUCAAACGGACAAUCUGGUGAAUUUGAUUUAAACACACGUCUUUACAUCCAGGCACAACCCCAGGAAACCAUGACCAAACACACGGCUCCCGAGGGCCAAACUCAAGCCUGAACCAGCGAGUCUGACUGAGACAAGAACGAUGAACUGGGAUAAGGAGGGCGGGGCUCUUGGAGUGUGCCCAGUCUGCCAUCUCCCAUCUGAGACUCUCCAUCAGUCAGUUUUAGAGUCAGCUUUGUGUGAAGAUUUCUUGCUUAUACUUGUUGAUAAACCCAUUAUAAAUGAUAUACAACCAAAUAAAUGUCUUCAUUCAA